AUGCAUGGUAAACAGAAAAAGACCAAAACUGUAAAUUCAGUGAUAUAUUUUGUUACCCGGAGAGACCCAUCAUUAUACAUCCCAACUCAAACCAAGCCAGCAUCUCCGACGGCCCGGGACUAUCCAUAUCCGCAACAGUACACUCAGUCACCGCAUGUCGAAUCAACAAAUCAAUCUCAUCGCGCAGUUUGUGGAAUUUUCUUGACUAUGAGCUGUCUGUUCUCCUAUGUCUCAUCUGCCCUUAUUGCACUGAAUUGCGUGCCCAUCGGCCGAGCACAACGAGACCCACUUGUGGAGCGUUUCUAUUGCUCAAGCUUUAACAGGAUGACAUUAGGCUCAGCCGCUGACAUGGUCUAG